ACGGCGCAGGUAUCACGGUUUUCUGGUGGGAGGGAAGCUAGCACGUUGCUUUUGACGUGGAGUGGGAUCUUCCUGCCAGCCUUAACGCUUUACUGUCUACCAGAUACCAUCUUACAGGCUUCAAAGUUACGACUGACAUCCUGAACGCCACUCAACCACGAAUACGCGGCGCUGGGGAGAUUUGUUUCCUCUCUGACUUGUAACUAUUAUGGCUGGUAGCACCAUCAAGACAGUGCACGAUAUUUUUCAAAGCAUGGAGUACGGACCAGCGGCAACUUCCACCUAUGCCACUGCACAGGCCUGGCUGGAUCACCAUGCCCGUUCCCUGGGUCUGUUCGUCGAUGGCAAGUUUGUCUGUCCUGCAGACAGACAGAGUUGCUCCCUGGCCGAUUCUAAAGGUGGUAAUGUGUGCAGCACAGUGUGCGCUGUGGAGGACGACGUUUCCCAGUGUGCCUCCUCUGCUGUUAGUGGACACAAGGCCUGGAGUGGCCUGACCUGCUACCAGAGGGCCAAAGUGCUGCUCAGGUUGGUGAGCGUUCUCGGGCAGCACGGACAGUGUGUGUCGGAGCUAUGUGAGCUGUGUGGGGCCUCCUGCUCGCCCUCCACCCUCGUCAGACUGCUGCAGUACUACAGCAGCUGGGCUCAGCUCAGAGACACUCUCAUCACCAACUGGACCCCAUUGGGUGUGGUGGCAGUAGUUGUCUCUGAUGACUGCUCUCUCUAUUCCCUUAUGCUCAAAGUCCUACCAGCACUGGCCAUGGGCAACUCUGUCAUUGUUGUCCCUGGUCGGAGCAGCGGCCCUCCAGCGCUCCUAUUGGCUCAACUCUUUAUGGGGGCAGGACUCCCUGCCGGGGCUCUUAAUGUUUUAACAGGAAGUGACGUGUCACUGGGUGCCAAAGUGGCACAGAGCCCCAGCAUCAGCUACGUCACCUACAGCGGCAACAAGCAGGAUGGGGUGAUGCUGUGUAAAGCCACAGCAGGAAUGGGGGUUCCCGUUUCUGUCUCCCCCUGCAUCGGCGCUACGUGCCCCUUUAUCAUCUUUGAGUCGGCCGACAUCGACAGCGCGGUGGAUGGAGUGAUAGAGACUGCCUUCAAGAAGAAGAGAGAGGUCCACUGGGUGUUGUGCGUGCAGGAGAGUGUGCUGGACAGUGUUGUGGCCCGUCUCAAGCUCCGGAUGGCGGGCAUGAAGUGUGUGGCGCUGCACAGUGAUGGAGACAGGGUCCUGGUGGAUGCUGCAGUACGGGAAGCUCAACAGCAGGGGGCCACGUUGGUUCAGUCCUGCGCCGCCCCCCCUUCGGGUGCCCAGUACCCUCCCACGGUGCUCUGCGGGGCAGCCCCCUCCUCUCCAUUUGUGGUCAGCCCCUCACCUGGACCACUGCUGCCUCUCAUGACCUUCAGAAGCCACACAGAAGCAGUGACCCUGGGAAACCACAGUCCUCAUGGCCAGGCAGCCUCCAUCUGGACUGAAGACCUCACCUUGGCUCUGGAGACAGCUAAGAGUCUGUCAGUUGGCUCGGUGUGGGUGAACUCCCACUCUGUGUCUGACCCCUGUCUGCCGGUCUCUGGUCACAAAGACAGCGGCACCUGCACUGACGGAGGACAGGAGGGUCUGUACCAGUUUCUACGCCCGCCUUCUUCCUCCUCUCCUCUUCUACCUCGCUCUUCCCCUGUCUCCAUGGACUACUCAAAGUUUGGAACUGCAGCAUCCCCAGCUCUCAUUCCUGAUGAUUCAAACCCUGCCAGUGCUCCACAGUCCUACCCUCAGUUUGUCGGCGGUAAGGCCGGCAAAUCAGCAUCUGGCUGCAGUGUGGCUGUGCAGUCCCCAGGGGGCAGCCGUGUGUUAGCCUAUUGUCCCGAUGGCGGCAGGAAAGACGUCCGUAACGCUGUGGAGGCUGCGGUCAAAGUCCAGCCUGGCUGGAUGAAAAAGAGUCCGUCUGCCCGCGCUCAGUCGCUCUACUCUCUGGCCAAGGGCCUGGAGGCCAAGAGGCGGGACAUAGCUGUGUCAAUCAAUGCUCAGACUGGUGUUACAAUGGACGAGGCUGAGAAGGAGCUGGAGCUCAGCAUCAGCAGGCUCAGUGAUUGGGCAGCUUACUGUGACAAAAUCCAAGGGGGAGCUCCGCCUGUGCCACAGUCUGGCUCCGCUCUCUCCCUCCCUGAAGCCCUGGGAGUCGUGGGGGUCGUCCUGCCUGACAAGAAUCCCCUCCUCUCUAUGGUUACACUUCUUGGGGCAGCCAUCGCCACUGGCAAUGCUGUCAUCAUGGUCCCCAGUCAGAAGUAUCCACUGCCAGCCUUGGCAUUCAUUCAGGUGCUCCAGUCUUCAGACGUGCCAUCAGGUUUGGUAAAUAUCAUUACAGGAGGUAGAGACCAGCUGACAGUGGCUCUGGCUAAUCACAGUGUCAUCAAGGCCAUCUGGUACUGGGGCAGCUCUGAGGGCUGUCAGUACCUCCAGUACACCUGCACCAGCCCUCUGAAAAUCCUGCGCCUGUUCUGCCAAAAGGACGAGGAGGGCAAAGACGGAGGGAAGGACUGGACUCAGUCUCAUUCCUCGUUCCUGGAAGAGAUGUGGAGGAAUGCUGUCCAGUGGAAGAGCGUCUGGUUUCCUACUGCAUAAGAAAACAGAGGGAGGGAGAAAGACAUCAGCCUGAAGAGUGAAACUGUGACCUGUAUGACGUAGAUUUAAAAGGAAGGAUCAAAAAUUAACUGUGACCACGAAAACUAUAAGAUGUCAGUGAAAUUUGUGACCUGGCUGAAAACACCAUCCGACUUAUUCAUGUGAUUCAUAUUAAGAUAAGGGCCCUGUUAAUAUAAUAAUAAUAAUAAUAAUAUUGAAUAUGCAUUUGAUGGCUAUGGUGCUAAAAGAUAUCCCUAAAGUCUGAUAGCAUCCAGGACGACCUUCCACACAGUGAUGAAACUACACAGUGGAUGUGCUGGACGUGAACUGGGCUUUAUUAAAUGUAAUCUGUAACCCCACAAACUAAUGCAGUUAGUUAAUGAAACACUAACGCCUGCCUUUGGAAGUAACUCACCGUUGCUACCCAUGACAAUUUAGCAAGCUAGUUAGCUUGAAAUUCUAACCGUUUAAUCAAUUUCUUAGACUUUUGUUCAUGUUUUUGGCUUUGGAAAGGCAAUCACUGCCAUGUAUGGUAAUGGUAGGCUGUGAUUGGACAAUAUCUGUUGGGGGAGGGGCUUUGCAGAUUGUUAGAGUCAGAGUGGAUUUAUUAUGUUUUCAUUGUUUUCCACAAUAUUUUUGUCUUAUUUUUGGAAAAGCCUGUGCGUGAGUGAUUUGUUCACACAUAUUAUAGCCAAAUAUUUCUGGAGUAAUUAACCAUCUACUGUCUAUAAUCUGAAGCAUCCGGCAAUGUGGCACUAAGCAGCCAGUACAGGACAAAAUGCCAAUCUGACAUCAACAAAAGAAAAAGAAAUCUUCUAACCAAGGAAAUGUUCACAUCAACUUACGCAGUACAGCCAUACACUAACAGGUAUUUUCAGUAGCUUUCAAAGGGUUUCAUCAGCCCCAAGGUCAUAUUAAAAUACCUGUAAAUGAAUAUACAACAUUAAAAUUAAGUUGAAGUGUGAAACUCUGUCCUAUUAUCUUUUAUCUGAAAUACAGCUAAACAAAAUGUAAAUGUUCCCUCCCGAGGGAUCAAAAUGCUUCUAUAAAUCAGAUCAGUAUCCUGUCAAACAAAAGUUCAUGCCUUUAUUGGCUUUUGCAUCAUGACUCUGCCUUUUUUUUUUUGCUAGAAUAAACAAAGGUGCAUUCAGGGACAGAGGGAAGCGAAGGCCAGCAUUUAUUUAACAGGCUUUGGAGCCAUAUGAGAAAGUAAGAGGUUAAGUACAUGAACAGAUUUAAUUUUGAGGUAAUGGCAGGAGAAGCCUUGGAGACUCUGGGUUGAACUUUGCAAAAAAAAAAAGAAAACAACAAACCAUGAAGCUCUUAAAACAAACAGCGGAUUUGAAAGGUUUUUAUUAAAAA